UACAUAUUCAAGACCACUUAGCAACGUAGAAGUGAAACACACUAGCAACCUCAUAGGAGCAAUGGCAACCAAGAUACUUGCCCUCCUUGCGCUCCUUGCUGUCUCAGUGAGCGCGGCCACAGCGGUCUUUGUCCCACAAUGCUCACUAGCUUCUACCGCUGCAACUAUUCCACAGUACAUCCCACAAGUAACGGCCGUGGGAUUUGAAAAUCCAAUUUUUCAAUCUUACAGGCUACAACAGGCGCUCACGUCAAGCAUCAUAGCAUCAGCCUUAUGGCAGCAGCAAUCCUCAGCCCAUUUGACAGUACAAAGCAUUGUGGCACAACAACAACUGCACCAGCUUUCACCGGCAUUCAAUCAACUAGCCAUCGCAAACCCCGCUGCCUACUUGCAACAACAGCAGCUUUUCCAAGCACUCAACCAACUGGCUGUAGCUAACACUGCUGCCUACUUGCAACAACAGCAGCUUUUCCAAGCACUCAACCAACUGGCUGUAGCUAACAUUGUUGCCUACUCGCAGCAACAUAUGUCAUCAUUCAACCAACUGGCUAUUGCAAACCCUGCUGCCAUCUUGCAGCAGCAACUGCUAACAUUGAACCCACUGGUUGCGGUAAAUCCCACCGCCUUCUUGCAACAGCAGCAACAACAACUGCUGCAAUUGAACCAACUGGCUGCGACAAACCCCGCCGCAUACUGGCAGCAGCCUAUCGUUGCCGGUUCCCUAUUCUAGAUUACCUAUGAAUUGUACUUCAACAAUAAAGUUUACAUGCUGACAUGUGUAACUUUUCGAAAAUAAUAUAAGUAUUAACUGAGAUUAUCAUG